GUGACUUCGUUUCUGAAAAGCGCCAACGUAAUCUCUCAACGUGCGCAGCAGAAGGUAAAGUCAUGAAGAAAAGUCAGCGGCUGGCUGCUGGUGUCAUUUGUGUCAUUGUCCUGACAAUCCUGAGAGUUUUUUUCACGAUACUGUUCUUCAUUGCCAGUGUCAUUUGCAUUGUACAUGCAGAGAGCCGUGUUGAAAGGUGCGACGGUCACCUUACUCUCUCUCAAAAAGAGGUUGACAGUCUCAACACAACCAGCACCUUUGUGGAGACUUUCGUUUCGUCAUUUCUCAUUUUUCUCAUCUUUCGAUGGAAGCCAUUCAACUACAAGAACUUUCUUACGGCCCUUCCAAGGCAGGGAAACUUCUGGAUGUGGACUGCGCUGUGGAUUGCGCGAAUUUUCACAAACGUUCUGAUAGGAAUUAUUCCAGGCCUUCAACAGAACUACCCGGUUCUGAUCAUCCUUGGUUUUUCGUUGCCAUUGGAAUUCGCUGCGACAACAAUUUUCGCUUCUGCGCUGGCAUUUGUAGGUUUUCGCGAUGUAAAAACCUGGCUGCGUCAGCACUUUCCCACUACAACCGCGCGCUGGUUGACAUACUUGUAUAGAGCACUUUUGUUUACAUAUGGCCUUCGAAUGCUCGCCUUAUUUCUGUACGACUCGUUUCUGGUAGCGAGGCAUAUUACUCGCGAAAGUCAGUACCGGGAACUCGAUAGUAUUCUCCUAGCUUUGGAUGUAUUCUACAGAGGGAGUUUGUGUGUCUUCUUCUUCCGGAAAUUUUUUGAGUUCCCCAUACCAGAUGUCUUGCAAGAAUCUCUCGAUAAUAAGAGGCCUAAGGAAACGGAUGAACAGUUAAGUAAAUGUAAAGAGAGUUUUCGUUCCAAGGUACCGGAAAAACAGGAGGAUCUAGAAGUAGACGAAAAAAGAUUUCACUGUGCGUUCAAUGGAUCAGAUGUUCUUUCGGAGAAAGAUUUAGAUUUGGGGCAUAUGGAGAGAGAAAACAGCGCCACAACUGUUAAAUAGAUUCAAAAUCUUAAAAAGAGGAUAAUUCAAGUGGAAGGAAAUGAAAAUUUAUGUUAUUUCAAUUCAUGUAAAUUAGUGAGGGCUACGACUGACUAACGUUUUACAAUGCGAAGAGGCUGAGUUAGGUUUUCAUAGUAACCACUUUCUUGGUAUUUAGGAAAUCUUUCUCUCUUCGAUCGUUGUGUGCGGUGAAGUUAUCUUUGAUGACUUCCCUUUGUUCUCUUUACUUCUAGAGAGUAGAAGUCUUUUGAUAGAGAUUUAAAACCAUUUUGGGCUCAGCCGGUUGAAUUUUAUUUUAUUCCUCCGAAUAACUGACUUAGUGCUACGUGUAAGUCAAUAUAAGAAAUAACACCAAUACACAGAAUUUUUAGGAAAAUAAUUUGAAAUUCUCAUAGAAAUCUGAAAACGGGAACGGGUAUCCUGUUGAUUAACCAUUUUUGUUUUGAGCUUUAUUGAAAAAGUUAUACGCUUUUAGAACAUAAUGAUUCGAUCAUUGGCUUGUGUGUAUCCUGCGAGAUGGCUACACAUAACCCCAAGCAAACGGCAAGCCCCUCGAAGUAGUUUCUAGUUCUAAAAUCCUCGGACUGAAUAUAAGGAAUGAUCUCAAAUGGAGCGGACACGUCUAUGAAUUAGUAAAGAAAACUUCUUCCCGCCUUUAUUGCUUAAGGCAACUUAAGAGAUCGAGAGUUCAUCCGAAAGAACUCAUUCUAUUCUAAUGUACGUGUAUCCGGUCCCUUCUGGAAUGUGCUUGUCCAAUUUUCCACCAUGCACUACCAGCUUAUCUGGACGGCGAUUUGGAAAGUCUACAAAGACGCGCUCUUCGGAUCAUUUACCCUACCUUGUCUUAUGCUGAAGCCCUCAGCGCGUCAGGAUUACCUACACUAUCUAGGAGAAGUGAAAAAAUCUCCUCGAAACUCCUCGUCGAGAUCUCUACAAAUGAAAGACACAAAUUACGUUCACUUUUUCCAGAAGUGAACGUAUCUACUUACAACCUUAGGAACCAAAGACCAUAUAAAUUACCAAGAUGUAGGACUGAACGUUGCAAGAACAGUUUUAUUCUGAGUCACGAUUUUAAUAUCUAGACAUUUUAU